CUAAACAAGAUGGUGGCAAAAUAAGAUUCCUCCACAAGAAAUUUAUCUCCCGCAUUUUUUUUUCAUUUACAUGGCAUAUAUUCGACGACUGAGAUAUAAAUGUAUCUUGAUUGACGCCAUGGAUUUAAAAAAUAUUUUUUUCAGGCUGUGAUUAAUUGUAAUAAAAAUGGAUUUGCUCGGUUCUAUUCUUGGCUCAAUGGCGAAACCUCCACAGGCCAGUGAAGAGGAGAGGCAGAAGAAGAAAAAGGAGUUUGAGCUAGUGAAGAAGAUGGCGGAGAAGGAAAAGCAGCUGAAGCUGAGGUUCAGGGAGAAGGCGGAGGAAAAGAUAAACAGUUUCCUCCGGGACGGAGAUCUGAAAACUUAUAAAUUUCCGCCCAUGGACAAAUUCCAGCGAAGCAUUAUCCACGAUGUAGCCGAGGUGGCAGGUCUAGUCACAUUCUCAUUCGGGGAGGAGGACGUAGAUAGAUACAUUCAGGUUUGGAAAAAGGAGUUUUCUCCGUGCGAGGGAGAGGUUGCUGCUCUACGACGAGGGGAGGAAUGGGACCCGGUCAAAUUCAAACAGAAGCUAGAAGAAGAAGCUUGGCAAGAAAAACUUGAAGCGGAGAGAGCUAGAACUGUAAACAAAAUAAUACCAAAGACAGAUUAUAAGAAUAAAUAUGAACAUUUAAUUGGUAAAGAUUCAGCUUUAGAUGCAGCCAGGAAAACGGAGACUAAUAAAUCAUAUGGUAUGGUCUCUGCAGAAUCUAAAAAGGAUAAACGUACAGUAGAACAAGUGCAGGCGGAGAUUAGAGCUAAAAAACGUCUUAAACAAGAGGCCUGUUUGGAUUCGAGUCAACCUGCUUGCCCUCCAAAGUUAUGAUGGGUUGAGACAAAGUAUUGUAAAGAGUUUAUACAGUGCAGUAUAUAUAUUUGCGUACUGUCAAUCUACCGUCCUAGCACACAGAAGAAUUAUUGAUAGCUUUAAAAUUAAAUAAUACAAUAUUUGAGGGAUACAAACUUUUUACCCUUUUUAUUUUACAUGACUGAUGUCUGAUAAUGAUGUAAAAAUAACCAAGAUGUUUAAAUUCAUUUAAUUAGGAAUCGGAAAACUUGAGCUUUGUUGAAUUUAUGAAUUAUCUUAUUUCUUGUAAAAAAAUUAUAAACGGUGUCUUUAAACAAUUCCUAAAAGGAAUGUCUUCGUAAAUUCAAGGAAUCCUCGAUUUAAAGAUGUGACGG